AUGAAUAUACACUUCGAGAAUCCGCUUGGAUUAGCUGCCGACUUUGAGAGGAACACUGAAGCAAUAAAAGGCUUGCGGAAAAGUGGUUUUGGUUUUAUUGAAGUAGGCACAGUAACAUCAUCGUCACAGAAAGAUGUUCCUGACAAUGUGGUUAAACUUUUAUCCACAGAUAAAGGAUUUAAUGGGCUUAAAGCGAGUGCCUAUUAUUUUGGUUCUUUUAGUAAUUAUUUGAUUAUGGAUUUUGGCUGUCAGGCUGCUCCAGAGACAGCAUUAGAGGGCGUUACUUCUACUAUCAAUCAAACUGUACAAAUCACCUAA